CAGUUAGAAAUUGGUGAGAGAGAUGAGGAUAAAUAAAAAAAAUUAACCGUGUACCUGGGCGACCAACGUUUGUAGAUUAACACAAUGGGCAUUUAUGUACAAAACAAAUUUAUUAGUACCAUUUAGGAUAUUUAAGCCAACAUCCCUCCUUUUUCUCUCCCAUCUCAGAAGCACUAUUGUCACUUGUAUCAUUUGUUUCCAACUGAAUUUAGGUUUGUUGCGGGUGGUAGUAGCGAGAAUGUCGAAGGCUGGUGCAUUGGAUCUCGCCUCGGGUCUUGGCGGCAAGAUUGACAAAACACAAGUCCUUUCUGCUGUUGAAAAGUAUGAGCAAUACCAUGUCUUUUAUGGAGGUGAGGCGGAAGAGAGAAAAGCCAACUACACUGACAUGGUUAACAAAUACUAUGAUCUGGUUACCAGCUUUUAUGAGUUUGGAUGGGGGGAAUCUUUCCAUUUUGCUGCCAGAUGGAAUGGGGAGUCUCUUCGAGAGAGCAUAAAACGGCAUGAACAUUUUCUUGCUUUACAACUUGGAUUGAAGCAUGGACAAAAGGUGUUGGAUGUUGGAUGUGGAAUUGGUGGACCACUAAGAGAAAUUGGUCGAUUCAGGUGGACUCUAAAUUAUGUUUGUCUGGUGAUUUGGUGCAGCUCCACAUCAGUUACAGGGUUGAACAACAAUGAAUAUCAAAUAGCAAGAGGGAAGGAACUAAACCGCAUUGCUGGAGUGGACAAGACUUGCAACUUUGUAAAGGCUGAUUUUAUGAAGAUGCCAUUUCCUGACAACAGCUUUGAUGCAGUUUAUGCAAUCGAAGCUACUUGCCAUGCACCAGAUGCUUAUGGAUGCUACAAGGAGAUUUACAGAGUACUAAAGCCUGGUCAGUGUUUUGCUGCAUAUGAGUGGUGCAUGACUGAUUCUUUUGAUCCACAUAACCAGGAACAUCAGAAAAUUAAGGCAGAAAUUGAGAUCGGUGAUGGUCUUCCAGACAUCAGGUUGACUAGACAGUGCCUGGAUGCACUAAAGAAGGCUGGUUUUGAGGUCAUAUGGGAGAAAGAUCUUGCUGUUGAUUCCCCUGUCCCUUGGUACCUUCCUUUAGAUAAAAAUCACUUCUCAUUGAGUAGCUUCCGUCUAACAGCUAUCGGACGCCUCAUCACUAAAAAUAUGGUUAAGGCUCUAGAAUUUGUGGGAUUAGCUCCAAAGGGAAGUCGAAGGGUUCAAGAUUUUCUGGAGAAGGCUGCAGAAGGGUUGGUUGAAGGUGGCAGGAAAGAGAUUUUUACGCCUAUGUAUUUCUUCUUGGCCCGAAAACCAACUUCAGAGAGCCUGUGAAGGAAUGGUGCACGAACAACUUAGCCUGCUGCCUGCUUUAGUUAUGGAAAUUCUCCCUGUGAAGGUAUAUUUUUAAAGGGAUAAACCAUGGUAGACAACUUGCAAUUUGGUGACCUGCGAGUCUAUGUUUUAGACAUUGUGAGUUGAGUUUAAAUUUUAUUCGGUAUCAUUGUCGGCUCUCUGCUCAAUUUGGAAUGCUUCUCUUUUUAGUUAUAUCUAAUGAGUAUGUUUUCCUUCACCGAAGAUUACAUAUAAUUAUUAUAAUGUUUAGUUGUGGAAGAAAUGUGGCCUCGGAUUACACCUAUAACAGAAGUAAUAUUAGUUUACAUCUGAUGUUUUUCGUUUUGAAAAAACGAUGAUGAAGAAACCGCUUUGAGUUAUCAUAUUUCCCCGAGGAAAGAACGUGGAGGUGGAAAUACGGAAUCAUCCACUUUGGCUGGUUAUUUUUUGUGAUGACUUAUUUGAACAUUGAAAUACUCUGUAGAAAAAUUUAAAAAUAUAUAUUCUAGAUUAUUGAAACAGUUUUCAUAUUUGAGAUAAA